AAACUGUCAGUUGUCGUCCGUCGAAAAACGUGUUUUUGUUGAUCUCGAGUUAUUCGCGGACAGGCGGUCGGCUUUUCGGUUCGUCCAGUAAAGAAAAUAGGUAGUGCGCGCACAUUUUUCUGUUGAGAUUUUCAGUGCUUCUUUAGUUAUCUCGAUACCUGUUAGCCAUGAUUGGCACCAAGAAACGAUCCGUUCAAAGUGACGGGGAAAAAGUGGCGAAAAAACCGAAAUUAGAAAAAUCUAAUGAAGCACCGAAGGAAGCGAAGAAGAAGUUCGCCACCAAAUCGAGCAGCUUCGGAGACGGCGAUGGCAAAAAGGGGAAGUUCCAGAAGAAGUUCACUCCCGGAGGAGGUGGCAAGAAGGAGGGCUUUCGGAAAGAUUUCAAAGGCAAACCUGGUAGUGUUGUGCCCGGCGAGAAAAAGCCCUUCGUUGAAAACACUCCGGAAUCGAAACGCGAAUACUGGAACAGCUUGAAGGCGAAGCAGAAGGAACUGCGGGAACAACGACGCAAGAGCAAGACCAAGGACCUGUACGAGCUGAGUGUGGGAGCCAAGAAGAUUUAUGAAACGCUCAAAAGGAAAUCGACGACGAACAAGGAAAAACUGGUCGCGGAUCUGCACGAAAAACUGAACAAGGACAACACGUACAGCAGAAUUGCCACCAGUCACGACACAGCCCGGGUCAUCCAGUGUAUGAUCAAAAAUGCUUCGGAGGAGCUUCGUAUGCAGAUUGCGGACAAAUUGCUUCCGGACGUAUACGAGAUAUCCACCUCCAAGUAUGGCCAUCACUGCAUUACCAGUCUGCUGAAGAACGGCACGAAGCCGCUGUGGGCAAAGGUCGUCGAUGGAAUCAUCAAACACGUAGUCAAAAUGGCCAACCAUUCGUUUUCCGGUGCCAUUGUCGAUUCGGUUUACAAUGAAUACGCCACGAAUGAACAGAAGGCCUUUAUGAAGCAAGCCUUCUACUCGGAAAUCUACCAGCAAACCAAGGACAAAAACGUCACCUGUAUGAAGGACACUUGGGAGACGAAUGCUUACAUGAAGAAGACGGUUCUGUCGACCGUGAAAGGCCAUCUGGUUCAAGCGGCCAACAAACAGCUCAUGGACAAUGCAUUGCUUCAUACGUUGUUGCUAGAUUUCCUGCAGGAAGCCGCUGAACUUGAACGCAACGAAGUCAUUGAACUGUACCUGCCGCAUCUGGCUGCCAUCUCCAGCACGAAGGAUGGCACUUCGGCAGCCAUAUUUUGCUUCCUGAAUUCCGUGGUCAAGGAUCGUCGUGCCGCGCUGAAGACUCUGAAACCGUUCGUCGAAAAGCUGAGCGUCCACGAGCAUGGCCACCGGUUGGUGCUGUGUAUUAUGAAUUGCUACGACGACACGGUCAUUCUGGGCAAGCAAAUCGUGGCCGUGAUCAUGGAGCACGUAGAACCGAUCGUGGGCAGCGGCGAGUGGGGCAGGAAAGUGGUCGGAUGGAUCUUCUCCCCCGCCGACAAGGAUUUGCUCCAUCCGACGCAGAUCGACAUUCUGGACGGGUAUCUGAAGUACAGCAAAAAAGACAAGGAAAUACGGCGAAGGGAGGUUUUUGCAUCGGCCGUGGAAGCGUUCUGCACGGCUGUGGAGAAAAAUGCCGCGUUUUGGCUGAGGGGUGGACACACGGCUCUCCUAACGGCAGCGAUCGUCAAAAAUCUCAAGGGAGAGCACCUCCAGAAGGUUCACCAAGCGCUGGCCAAAGUAGUAGCCGAUCCGGAAUGGCAGAUUCAGGAGAAUGAAGUGAAUCUGGAGGGAGCGGUUAUGCAGUCGAAGGAGAAGCCAAACAACGCUAGCGACGGCAAAAAGACGGGCCGCAUUCGGAAAAUCAAAAAGAGUCCAUUCGCGGAAGAUAAGGAUAAAGCCCGCGAAAAGCAACUUGCUGCCAAUCCACUAACGAAUGGUGUUGAACACGCCGGAGUGCACAUCGCCCUGAAAAAGCUGAUAAAACUGGACCAGGACAAACGUCAAGAAGACGCAAAUAGUUCGCAGUUUGGCAGCGCCGUGCUGGACAAUCUAUCCAGCGAAGCAAUCAAAUCCUGGAUCACCCAGAACCGGCCUUGCUUCCUGCUGUUGCUGAUAUUCGAAAACUCCUUGGAACCCAUUCAGAAGCAGCUCAAGCAGAAGCUGAAGUCAGUCAAGACUGAUCUGAAAAAGCAAAGUCACACAGGAGCAAAGCUUUUAGUUGAGAAACUAAAACUGUAACAUAUUAAGCUGAAAAAGCGUUAUUGCGUAAAGGUUUUCUCUAUGUUUAAGUUGGUACAAACAAAUAUAUAUUGAAUAUGAACUGUUCCAUUCAAAAAUUGAUAAA